AUGCCCACCCUAACCCACCAAUGGAUCCUCAACUCCAAGCCACUCGGUCUCCCCAUCCUCCCCAACAAAGACAUAACCGACAACUCCCCAACUCAAACCUUCAAACUAACAACCACGUUUCUCCCAUCACCAUCUCCCACCCAAGUCCUGAUCAAAACCAUCUACCUAUCCAACGAUCCUGCCCAACGCGGCUGGAUCUCCGCAGCGGCCGACCCAGCUCGUCUAUACGUCCUGCCCCUCAACGAGGGCGACACAAUGGGCUCCUACGGCAUCGCGGAGGUGAUUUCCUCAGGGGACGUAACGCGUCUCACUGCGGGGACUCUAGUCCUCACAAAGACUAAUUGGACAGAGUACUCGAUCCAGGACAUCGAUGACUGUCAUACAAUUCAAACGGUGGAUGGUCUCAGCCCCACACAUUUUCUAGGCUCGUUUGGUCUCACAGGCGUGACGGCUUACUAUGGUCUCGUGGAGGUGGUCAAGGCCACGAAGGAUGAUAGUGUUGUUAUUAGUGGUGCGGCGGGUGCGACGGGCAGUAUGGCUGUGCAGAUUGCGAAGUGGAUUUUGGGGUGUCGGAGGGUAAUUGGCAUCGCCGGAUCUGAGGAAAAAUGCCGCUGGGUGGAGUCCAUCGGUGCAGAUGUCUGUAUAAAUUAUCGGAAGGAGUCAUUCGAGGAUGACCUAAGAAGGGAGACGGAAGGGUUUGUGGAUGUUUUUUACGAUAAUAUUGGAGGCCGUAUUCUAGACUUGAUGCUGCUACGUGUGAAGAGACACGGCAGGAUCGCUGCUUGCGGGACGAUAUCAAAUUAUAAUAAAGAUGCGGAUCCAAUAGGGUUGAGGAAUUUCUAUGAAAUUAUCUCCAACCGGAUUACCGUUCAUGGAUUCCUGAUCCUUGAUUACUACCAUAAAAUACCCGAGACGACUGAAUUGCUCGUGCAAGCAUGGAAAGAUGGCAAAAUCAAAGUCAACGAUGCAACAGAAACCGUGGUGGACGCCAAGUUUGAGGAUAUACCAUCUGUGUGGAUGAAGUUAUUUGAGGGGGGGAAUACGGGGAAAUUGAUCACGCGGAUUAUUUAA